AUGAUUCACAGGCAAUCAAUUUUGCCCAUCGAGCUUUUACUGCAAACAAUUGUUAACCAAUAUUUAAACACGUCCUUUUGUUUGACAAUAGUAGCGGAUUCGCCUAUCGAUUGUGCGUACCCUGUCAGUUUUACCUACAUUGUUCCCAGUAAUAAUUUGUCUUACCAACUGCUGGAAGUAUCAGAGAAAGGAUGUUCAGAUUAUAUUGUGCGCGUAAGAGAACCGGAAAAUUUCAUGGAUGCAUUCGAUGAAGUCAAUCGUUUGGGAAAUACAAGAAGAAGUGACAGAAAGAUUAUUUUCUUACCUUUCAAUGAAAACGAAAUAGAAACAAACAAAUUGCUUAAUGUGUUAUCUUUAACACCGACGAGCUUUGUAGCAAACCUCUUGAUGAUAUUGCCGUCGGCAAAAGGGUUGGACAUAAAUUGUUCAGCGUACAGUUUACUUACUCAUAAAUAUGUUGGUUCUGACGAAGAGACCAGUCAGCCGGUCUAUUUGGACCAGUGGGACAUUUGCACACAAAAAUUUCUUGGCAAUGUGAAUCUGUUCCCUCAUGACAUGUCUAAUUUGCAUGGGAAGACUUUCAAAGUUGCUUGUUUUACCUACAAACCUUAUUCAUUGUUGGACUUAGAUACCACUGCUGGGCUAAAUGGCCGAGAUGGUACGGAAGUUAGAGUUAUAGAAGAAUUUUGCAGAUGGGUGAAUUGUACAAUUAAAUUAAUAAGGGAUGACGAGCACGAAUGGGGUGAAAUUUACGAAAAUCAUACGGGAGUCGGAAUUCUCGGCAAUCUUGUGGAAGAUAAAGCAGAUGCUGGAAUAGCUGCAUUAUAUUCUUGGUAUGAGGAAUACAUAAAUUUGGAUUUCACCAUUCCAACUGUAAGAACUGCUAUUACAUGUGUUGCGCCUUCUCCGAGGUUGCUAGCAAGUUGGGAGAUGCCAUUAAUGCCAUUUUCCCUAUACAUGUGGAUAGCAUUAUUAUUCGCUUUCAUUUAUGCAUGUAUAAGUCUGACUAUUGCUAACAGAUGUUCUACGGACAGAGUACUACUGACAACUUUUGGCAUGCUGAUUACUCAAUCUCAACCUGACACAGCCGUCGGCAAAACUUGGCGUGUCCGCAGCGUUACAGCGUGGCUUCUUAUAUCCGGGCUGGUUUUAGACAAUGCUUACGGAGGGGGCCUGGCUUCAGUUUUUACAGUGCCUAAAUAUGAACCUUCAAUAGACACAGUUCAAGAUUUAAUAGAUAGACAAAUGGAGUGGGGAGCUACACAUGAUGCUUGGGUAUUUUCGUUAACGCUCUCACAAGAUCCGAGAAUAAAACAAUUGGUGAACUUGUUUAGAGUAAAGGCAACUGAUGAUUUAAAACAGCUGAGUUUUACAAGAAAGAUGGCGUACUCUGUUGAAAAGCUACCAGCAGGAAAUUUUGCAAUUGGGGAUUAUAUAACAAAAGAAGCUUUGACUAACUUGUCUAUUAUGAAUCAAGAUUUUUACUUUGAGUAUUGUGUAGUAAUGCUACGAAAAAGUUCUCCUUAUACGGCGAAAAUCAGUCAGUUGCUUGGCCGUCUUCACGCGUCCGGGUUAAUACUAGCUUGGGAAACUCAGGUUGCAUUGAGGCAUAUGAAUUAUGAAGUUCAACUUGAAGUAAGACUGUCACGUUCCCGUAAAGAUGUGGAUUCUGUCGAACCACUUAAUUUUCGGCACAUUGUGGGAAUAUUCUACAUAUAUACGCUGGGUGUUUUACUUUCUAUUUCGCUUUUUUUUAUAGAGCUGUUAUGGAGUAGAAAAUCUGUAAUUUCGAUUGAUCACUAA